AUGGCUUUUCUAGUAUUGACCUCCGAAGUUUCCACCCCAUUCGUUAUCCCAGCCGUUUCGCCAGUAUCGGCACCUUCCAGCAGAAAGAACAGCACUGGCAGCCUGGAGGCCGCGAGAAAAAUCUAA